AUGGCAUCGAUGAAGAAAGUUAGAACGGAGGAUGUAUUUAAAAUUUACAAGAACUCAUACAGCGUUAAAAUUCCAUGGAAAAAUGUAUUUUCAGAAGAAAUUGAAAACUGGUUGACAGUGUUCGAAAAGGCGACAAAUUGUUCUAAAACUUUAAUUACGGCAAGCUUAUUAUCCUUAGUUGCGGCACUGACCGGACCAGAAAGUAAAGUUACUGUCGGAAGCAGUGAAUAUACCACAGUUCUUAACCAGUUUAUAAUCUCCGUGUGCGCGCCCGGUGGAGGAAAAAGCAACACAUUUUACAGAGUUGUAGAUCCGGUAAUUGAGAAAAUCAGAAAGAAGCACGGGGUGAAUCUACAACUUGAAACAAAUACAACCGCUGGUUUACAGAAGCAUCAGAUAGACAACAACGGAUACGGUCUAAUUACCAGUGAUGAGGGACACCGUUUCUUAACAUCAAUAAAUGUAAAGCAAUCGAAAGGAGAGGGCGAACGUUCACUGUUAUGCAAAAUGUGGGGCGGGAAAGGAGACACGGCAACCCUAGUAUCCGGAAACAGAGGUUUCAUGAAAACGUCAAUGUCAUGUUGCUUGUUUAUUCAACCACAUCCUCUGAUUUCCGAAUUAUUCCAUCUUGGGGGAGAUGAUGGUUUGCUUGACCGAUUUCUGUUCUUUGUUUCAAAACCUAUAUUUAACACAUCGGCAGUAACAAAAGAAAACAUGCAGAUACUAAAAGAAUCAAAUAUGCAGGACUUUGCCGAAAUAUUGACAAAAGUUUACGAAGAACAUACUAAAGGGCAAUUGUACACUCUCUCAGAAGUUGCAGAGCAAGAAUUCGACGAAAUGACUGACUCGUAUGCAGAGUUCAUAAGUAGAAAAUAUGGCUCAGAUGAAGAAGAUGAUAAGGAAAACAAUGAACCUUCAAUGUCUCAGAACGAUCCAUCUGAGGAGUCGUCCACAAUUACUAGUAAGGAUACAAACCACAUUUUAAGAUUGGCAGUUGCUCUACACAUCCUGCAACAUACCCUGACUGGAGCUCUGGAGAAUAGAUUAACUCCAACACCUACAGAAAUUACUGAGGAAUCAUUGAAGCAGGCUAUGGUUUUAUAUAAUGUGGUUUCUCAACAGAAGGCUCUUUUUUGUACAGAACAUGUUAUUUCUAAUUACAGUCCCAAAACUCCUUGUAAUCCUACACACCUGGAGAAGCGUGUUUUACAAACUCCCGGUGCUCCCUCAAGAUCUGAAAAAUUUAUGAAGAAAGUUGAUAAAGUUAAAGGCAAGAAAGUUGUGAAGCUCAGUUAUCCUUGUAAGACGCUUCAGGAAAUGUCAGCAGCUGCUGACACAGCAUGGCACAAAAGGGGAUUUGACAGUCUUAACUUGUUCACAAGGAAGCUGGUAUCGGGCUUACUGUUGAUGCUGAUGUCGAGCACUUCCCAGAAGCAGAGCCUCAAGGAAACUGCAAACCUGUUCCUGCAGGGGAAAUGCUACCUUCAUUUCUUUGACUUGGAGACAACUGACUUGAUGCGUGGAGGGAAAUAUCCACAUAUCACACAAAUUGCUGCAUCAGUCGUGGGAUCGGUGUCAGAGUUUUCUGCUUACGUUUACCCAAAGGUGCCAAUUGCUUCCACUGCACAGCAGAUAGCCGGGAUAAUUGUCAACAAUAGUGGGACAACGACAGUCCAUGGUCAACAGGUUCAUGCAGAUGAUCUUUCUUCUUCCAUUGAUAAAUUCUGCAAAUGGCUAAAGAGAUAUGCUAGUGUGUAUUUGAUUGCCCACAAUGGACGAAAAUUUGAUUUUCCAAUAUUAAUGAAUGCAAUGAUGAACAUAAAAAGCGAGGCAGAAUUUUUAGACUGUGUGAUAGGAUGUAUAGACAGUCUCAGUAUAUUUAAGAAGGCCUUCACUUCCCAGUCGUACAAGCAAGAAGAAUUGUCCAGGACAAUCUUAAACACACCAUGUGAUGCCCACAAUGCUAUGGAGGUUGUGAAGGUCCUAGGAAAGCUGAUUUUCCACACAAAAUGUGUAUUCAGAGUUUCCAACCAGCUGCUGUUAUCAAUCAAAUAA